CUCACAAAUGCAAGGUCAAUGCUGACGCUGCUACUAAAGAUAAAAAAAACAACAACGAAUCAAUCAAAACUUAUGUACAGAUAGAUACAAUAUAUCGAUUAUAUCUAUCGCCGGAUAAAACUAAGAAUCAAUCAAAACUUAGUGAUCACUAAUCACAGUCUGUGUUUGAUUAAUCAAUCAAGAUUUUACCACCGCUGCCACGCUGAUGCUACAAUAAGUUUGGUAUUUAUUUUGAGUUAGUGACCACAGAAGUCACUGGUGGAUAGUUCGUAUGAGUAUGAUCGUGUAGUCACUUUUACAAGUGUUUUUUGAUAUUGCUAUUCCAUGUUUUCUCUACUUAGUGAUCUGGUUAAGCAUUUAGAUGGGCGUUUCAGCAUUGGGGCUACAGCGUAAAAUACAAACAGGCAAGGUGCCACUACUAAUGGAAUCUGAACACGUGAUUGAUAUAACAAAUAGCAAUGAAGCUUCCUCGUCCAGGCCAACCCUUGCAAGACCAGUCCAUAUGUCAAACUCCAGUCAAAAUGAGUCUUCAAGUAAUGUACAAGCUCCUAUCACCUUUUCUACUACCAACGCAACAAAUUCAAGAAAUACAUCAUUUGCCAGAAGGGGAAAUGGCAGUUCCAGGCGUAGGAACCCGUUGAAUUCUGGUUAUUGGAUAUCAUUUGAACUAAUCAUUACAGUGAGCCAAAUUAUAGCAGCCAUUGUGGUUUUGUCUUUCUCAAGACAUGAGCAUCCUCAUGCUCCAUUAUUCAUAUGGGUUAUUGGUUAUGCUUCGGGAUGUUUUGUAACUCUCCCUCUUCUCUUUUGGCGUUUCCAUAAUCGCAAUUCUUCAAAUCAAGAACCAUCUGCUAUCGUGAGCUCUUUUACUUCAUCUUCAAAUGCAAGAAUUUCAGAAGGAGACACUGGUAACGCUGGUGGCACAUCAACAAGACGUCUGACAAUGGGAUCACUGAGUUCAAGAGUCAAGGCACUUGUUGAAUACUUCAAAAUGGGAUUGGAUUGCUUUUUUGCAGUCUGGUUUGUGGUUGGAAAUGUGUGGAUCUUUGGAGGCCAUUCUUCUUCUUCUGAUGCUCCGAAUUUGUAUAGGUUAUGUAUAGUGUUUCUUACCUUAAGUUGUAUCGGAUACGCAAUGCCAUUGAUUUUGUGCACCACAAUCUGCUGCUGCCUUCCUUGUAUAAUUUCAGUCCUGGGCUUUAGAGAAGAUCUUGCACAAAAUCGAGGAGCUACUACCGAGUCUAUUAAUCUUUUGCCUACCUACAAGUUUAAGAAAUAUAAACACAUUGAUGAUAAAGAAACAAACACUGGUGCUUGUGAAGGCGGGGUUGUGGCUGCUGGAACUGAAAAGGAACGUGUCAUAUCAGGAGAAGAUGCGGUCUGCUGCAUAUGCUUGGCUAAGUACGCAGACGAUGAGGAACUUAAGGAGUUACCUUGUUCUCACUUCUUUCACACGGAAUGUGUAGACAAGUGGUUGAAGAUCAAUGCUUCAUGCCCACUUUGCAAGAUUGAAGUCGGUGAGACCCUUUUAAGUUCACUAACCGUAGCAACUGCCAACCUGAGACGUAGUAGUGUGUAUUAGUUGUAGCAAUGCUUUCAAUAUUCCAGUAUGUUAAUAUGCAAAUCUGUCUUAAAGAGUGCAGUUUGACAAGUGAAUAGAAAGCCGAUCCUUGUUAUUGUGUUUUUUUUUUC